AUGGAGUUUGAUACUUUGCAGCAAUAUAGGAUAUUUUUCUGGUCAGGAGAUAUAGAUGAUGACAGAAUGUAUUUAGAAUCCUUCAAUCCCAAUGGCUCCGCCGAAAAACUGUACUAUCACAGUGCAAUGGUGAUGACCACCGAUAGAAAAAGCAUCUACUGUUGCACAAUGAACAAUUGCUACCAAGUCAGUCAUUAUCAACUUAGUGAAGACUCACAAGUUUGGACAAAAGUUGAAGAUUUACCAAGAACUGACAACGAUGUGACUGAAAUGAUGCUGCAGUUGAAGUUUGAUAAAAAUGAUACCAUAUUAUUAGCUUCUACAAAUAAUGGUUUUGUAGUCUGGGAUUUGGGAUCUGAAAAAUCCGAUGGUUCUUGUGUGGAAGAGAAUUCGGCCAUCGGAAGUACUUAUUCAAAAAUUAGCGAAAAUGCAAUUCAGCUCAAAUUACCACAUGGUGUUAGAAAUAUCACUAUGAAAAUGCUGCAAUCCAACAGCAUUAUGCUAAGUGCUCAUAAGGAUUAUGCAGUUGCAGGAGUCAGGAAAAAUCUGUACGUUUGGAGUCUUCCUGAUGGAAACCUGGUGAAAUCCUUGGAUGCCCAUUUUGGACGCAUCAUGCAACUGGAAUCUCUAACCAUUGGUAAUUGGAACAGUGUCAUCACGUCUUCAAUUGAUAGAACUGUUAAAGUUUGGAAUAUUAAUAAUAUAUUUGAACAAGUCCACGUUAUAGACAGACAUGAACUACAAAUCGACUCUAUAAGUUUAUCUCAAGAAGCAGGAAUUGCUGUCACAGUCACCCGUGCUUGUAUCGGAGUUUGGGAUCUAAAGACAGGAAGACUUCUAUCAAAAUUGGCGGACAGUCCUCUAGGAGCCAUAGUUACUCAUGCUGAGAUAACACCCAACGGAAAAUAUGUUGUAUCCGCCGAAUCAGGAAACUUCAUAAUUUGGGACAGGGUCACCGAAAGAGUGACCCACAAAGCGCGUCAACCUGACAUCAGGCAGGUGUCUCUACAUCUGGAUCCUAGCGGUCAGAACAUUUGUGCCUUGGCAGUCAGUAGACCAGGAAAUGCGCCUGGAUGUGAUGUUACCAGAGUUCCAGCACAAGCUGUCAUGCGAAGCGUACCAGAUGGCACAGUUUUAUAUUCGUUCCAAUUCCAAAGUCGUUCUGUAACUGGUGUGCCAUUUAGGCCACUACAGAUGACUUCGGAUAAUCAGCACAUAUUGGCUGUGAUGAGCGAUAAAAAUAACAAGGACUGUUUGGCUGUUUUUAGCGCAAAAGAUGGUACAGGACCUGUGCAGAAGAUUGGUGUUAGAAACUGCGGAAUAAAGGAAAUUACCAGGAUAGUUGGAAUGCCACACAAAGCACAUUUGGCAGGAGUUUUGGGAUCUGAUAAAGGAGUCAUAGUUGACAUCAGGAACAAAAGGAUUUUAAGGACAGUCCCGAAAUGGGGAGGAAGUUGCACCAAGGAUGGAAAACAUGGAUUGUAUUAUCCUGCAAGGGGCGGCUUGGAGUUAAUAGAGUUGCGCAAGGGCCAAACUGUAAAGACUUACAUUCCAAAAGUGGCCGAAGGCGUAUUCACGAUAAUCUGUAUGUUUAACAAAACCGAAGACUACGUUCUUUAUUAUCACAGUGGUAAAAAAACUUUAAGAGUCUUCAGGACCGAAGACACUAACCUGAUAGCAACCUACAGGGUCCAGGCUGAAUUGAGUGCUAUAGCUUCCACCGAGGAUGGCCGAGCUGUGGUCCUUGGCACUUCUGAUGGUUGUCUUAGUGUAUUGGCCAUUGCUGAUCCAAAUCAACCCCAUGUUACAGAAUACUUGGCAUCAUUACCUAGCAGAGACGAACAGUGGAAGAAAAAGUUGGAAAAGUUGAAAGCAGCUGCCAGAUUUAAAGCAGCAGCUAAAAUAGCUAAACUAUCAGCUAAAUUUAUCAGUCAGGACGAUGUACAAGAAGAAGAUCCUGCUGAUAUUUUGAACUCGGAUAUGAAAGUGAUAUAA